UGAAAGCCCGAGCGGCCGCCCCGCGUCCACUGCGCUCCCGGGGGAGCGGCACCCGGAGCGAGGCAGGUGCGGCGGGAGCAUGCGCGCGGGGCUGGCAGGGGAGGCUCCCGCGCCCCCACCCCGCGCGUGCACCCUCGCGCCCCUCCCGCCGGGCACCGCGGGGCCAGCGGCGCCGCAGCCUGGGCCGGCCGAUCCUCGCCGCUUCGGCUCGCGCCCUGCCGGCCUGUCUCCGAGUCGGCGUUGCGGGCGGCCCGGCUCUGCUCGGGAUUGCUGUGCUAUGCCUUGUAUGACAAAAGUCCUCUCACCAGGAAUACCUUUGCUUUGACACUUGUGGACAGUCAGACCAUAAAAACACUGCUGAGGAGCGCUAAAGUGGCAAUGAAACAGCCCAACAGAAAGAGAAAGCUUAGUAUGGAUUCCAAAGAGCUUUUGAAUCAGGAUGGAUGCUUGGAGCAAGCUGAGGAAGAAAAGAAGCCCAGGGAUGGUGCAACCCUGUUGAGUCACGUCCCUUCAGUGACUACACAAGAAGCGUGGUCGUGGGAACAGUACUUGACAGAACAGAAGGCGACAGCAGCACCCGUUGAACUGUUUUCCAAGGACCAAUCCUUUCCGGAGCAUGAAAAUGGUUUUCAGGUUGGAAUGAGAUUAGAAGGCAUUGACCCCCGACAUCCAUCUGUAUUCUGUGUGCUUUCUGUAGCUGAGGUAUGUGGUUACCGCCUCAGACUUCACUUUGAUGGUUAUUUAAGCUGCUAUGAUUUUUGGACCAAUGCUGGUUCCCCUGACAUUCAUCCGGUAGGGUGGUGUGAGAAGACCAAACACGAAUUGCACAUCCCUAAGGGUUAUAGAAAAGAUAAAUUCGUUUGGAUGGAUUAUUUGAAGGCCUGCAAAUUGCAAAAUGCUCCCAAGAAAUUAUUCAGAAGCAGAAGUUCUAAUGGGCCAAUGCCUAAAGAAUUUCAGGUUGGAAUGAAGCUGGAGGCCGUCGACAGGAAGAACCCUUCCUUGGUGUGUGUGGCAACCAUAGCCGAUAUUGUUGAAGAUCGCUUACUAGUGCAUUUUGACAAUUGGGAUGAUAGUUACGAUUACUGGUGUGAUGUAAAUAGCCCUUAUGUUCAGCCAGUCGGUUGGUGUCAGGAGAAUGGAAGAACUCUGAUAGCACCCCAAGGUUAUCCUAAUCCAGAAAAUUUUUCCUGGACAGAAUAUCUGGAAGCCACUCAAACUAAUGCUGUUCCUGCCAAAGUUUUUAAAAUGCGGACGCCCCAUGGUUUUCUGCCGAGCAUGAGACUUGAAGCGGUGGACAGACGGAACCCCAGGCUCAUUCGCGUGGCUACGGUCAUCGAUGUGGAUGACCAGAGGGUAAAGGUUCAUUUCGAUGGGUGGGACCACAAAUAUGACUACUGGAUGGAUGCAGACAGCCCUGACAUUCACCCAAUUGGAUGGUGUGAUAUAACAGGGCAUCCACUGGAAAUUCCAUAUCGAGCAAAUGAUGUGAACAUCCUUCCAGGUCAAGCUGUUUGUCCUACCCCAGGGUGCCGAGGAAUAGGCCAUAUCCGUGGUCCACGGUAUUCAGGACAUCACAGUGCUUUUGGCUGCCCGUAUUCAGACAUGAACUUGAAAAAGGAGGCAACUCUUCACGAUCGUCUGAGAGAACAAACACAGGCAAAUUUGGAAUCCGACUCUUCACAUUCGAAAUCGAAGAACCUCUGCAGUUUGAACUUCAGCGGAAAACAUGAAAAGGUGAACAGUCAGCCCAGACUUGUACAGCAGGCAAAGUGUUUGAAAAUCAAAGGAAAAGAAGAUAUUGACUUGGAUAAUCUCUUCAGAGAAUGUUCUGCUGAGCAGACACAGCAGGCACUGCACCAGUCCGUCUUCAUGUCCUCCAUGUCGGCCCACCCCUUCCGGGACCUUCCCCUCGGCCGGGAGCAGCACUGCAAGCUCCUUCCAGGUGUGGCCAACAUCCAGGCCAGCGAGGUGGCCCGAUGGACAGUGGAUGAGGUGGCUGAAUUCGUACAGUCUCUUCUGGGCUGCGAAGAGCAUGCCAAGUGCUUCAAGAAAGAGCAGAUUGAUGGCAAAGCCUUCCUGCUUCUGACACAAACGGACAUCGUCAAGGUGAUGAAGAUCAAACUGGGUCCGGCACUGAAGAUUUAUAACUCUAUUCUCAUGUUCAGGAAUUCCCAGGACCUCACCGAAGAAGAUUCUCUCUCAGGCCAAGAAGCCAGAGGAUAAACACACCACCUGAACAGCCAUGGCACCAGGACCUUGUUCUUUCAGCAAUAAAACUGGCCCACAUUAGUUUGAUUUGUAUGUCCCCAUGGUCAUAUCCAUAUUUAAUUUGGACUUUGAAAGUGGCUGUGGUUUUGAUGUGUAGAGGGUAUCGAUGACUGAUCCAGGGCCAAGGAUGCAGGCCCGUGUGUGCUUUGGGGACAUCUUGAUCUUCAGCGGGGUCCUUCCGGCUCUGAUGUGUUGCAACAAACAGACCAAAGAAGCCCACACAUACACCUUCAGUUCUUCUCCUUCACCAUUAACCAGUUUUCAAGCAUAAAACUCUCAAGCAGUAAAAUAUUAGAAAAACAGCAUUCACAAAUACAUUGUUAAUGUUUUCACCAGAGUAUCUGAGCUUGGCUCAGAUUUGCCAUCUGGGCGCAGUGAGUCUAAGAGAUAGAGGCCUGGUGCUUUAGAAAGACUUCAUGUGGGAUUUUUGUGUACUUUACUCAGGAAAGUGUGAAUCUUUAAAAAAAAAUAAUAAGCACAUGUUUUCACGAUUCAUUAAUUCUUUUUGUUCCAUUAAGCGUUUCUUGUUUGUCCUCCCAGUGGCUCCUGGAACUUGCCCAGGAGCACCAGGGGAACAGUCAGCCUGGGCAUGUAGCAGAAGCUGGCCAGGCCCUCCCAAGGACUGCCCCUCCCCCCCCCGCCCCAGGCAGUGCCCAAUGGCCAUCUGUGGGAGCGCAGGGGACCCUGUCCUGCCACUGGCAUGGGCUCGAGGGCCAGACACCCACCUGCACCGAAUCCCUCCCGGCUUCCACUCAGAGGCGGCCUCAGGAGAAGUAACUGGCCCUGCGCUCCUUCUGAGCAGGUGUAAUAAGGAGCCGUGUUACAUCUUUAAAGAGACACACCAUUAAAAGGGAAGGUCUCCCAAGUAGGGAGCUUGGUGGCUAUGAUUUGUUCGAACAAUUCUGAUUUCUUGUCAGACCUUAUUUGUUUUGUGUGACUGUAUCUGACACUUAAGAGGAGUCAGUCCCACAAUUUUGAAAGACAAUCCCCUCUUUUAUACCCACAGUCAGAGCUAAACAGGCCCCCAGGGAAGUGGAGAUUCCUUGUUUUCAGGGGGGCCAUGAGGGGUGAAAAGAAACAGACCUCACCCAUUUGCUUCAUUAAGAAUCUUACUGUUGAAGACAGUUGAUUGAGCUUGGAGAGAUUCUCAAGCUGUAGGUCAUUGAGAAAAACAAUUCUCUAAGAGGUGUGUGUAUAUUUCUUUUUUUUUUUAGAUCCUCACCUAAAUGGAAUUUUAAUAUAUUAUUGGUUCAUGUAAAUUUUUGUUUUCUGUGGAGUUUUGUUUGCUGCUUGUUUUCUGGUUAUUUUGUUUUGUUUUGUUUUUAGACUGCCAUGUACAAUUAAAUUCCUGCUUCUGCUGUGUUAAAAUUUUAAUAUAUUUUAAAUGAAAAUAAACAGAUAAAA